GCAGAGGUGGUGUUUCUUAUUUCUUGCUUAGGAUUAGCGGCUAUUCGUGCUGUCGUCGGAACGACAGUGGAACAGCGUGCCGGGUGGUGUCGGGGGCCACCGCCGUGCUAUUCUUGGGCCACGAUCGCGGUCGUGCCCCGCUGAAACGCUCGUUCUGCGUGCGGCCAGCCCGCUUCGAAGGCAUCUUCCCCCUUCGCGAACACAGACGCCGCUGCCGAUGUCUAUUCAUUUGUCAAUGAAGAUUCAAUCAUUUUGGGGCCGAGUAUCUGAUAAGAUGACCAGCCGCACCCAUUUCUCUCCGUGGUUUUCCCCCCUCCCCCUCCUACCCAUCCACGCGGCUAAGCACCCUUCCUUUGCUUGGAUCUUGACAUGGUCCUCCCGACACGCGAGCCGAGCGACUCAAUCAGCAAGGAGAAGCUUUCCGAGGAGCGGGAAAGCGUCAAGGCGCUCUCAUAUUCGUCGUCCGAGAGUGAUCCACCCAGACCUCGACUGCCCAUAGGAUGGCAAGUCUUGAUCGGUGUCCUCACCUGCUUGUGCACGUUUGGGAACCACUGGUCGAAUGGUCUGAUUGUCGCGUUGAAGACGACAAUCAUCAAGGAGACGCAUAUCAACAAUUCCCAGUUCGCCACAUUGGUUGCCAUCACCAAUCUGAUCAACACGUUCCUAUGCAUCGGGUUCGGCUUCUGCAUCGACAAGUGGGGCGGCGCUCCGCUCUCCGUUAUCUUCGCCGGAUUCCAUCUCGCAGGCUCAAUCGUUAUGGCAGGCGCUGCCACCAAUAACCUCAACAGCUACGCCCUGUUGAUCGUCGGGAAAGUCAUCGCUGCCAUCGGCGACGGGUCUCUCGAUAAUGCCCAGCACCGAAUCUUCUCAACAUACUUCGCACCCGGCAGGGGCUUCGCGUUCUCAAUAGGUGCCAUAUGGGGUAUCGCCAACCUCGCCCAGUUCACUGGCCAAUCCACAGCCAACAUAAUCACGGCACACUUCGGGUCGUACGCAUACGCGCUCUGGAUCAGCGCCGGCAUCGCGGGCUUCUCCUUCGUGUGCGCCGCGACGGUCGUCGUGCUCGACCGGUACCUGCGCGCGCACUACGACAUCAUCGAUCAGACGAACGGCAAGCUGCACAAGGGCACGCUCCGCCGGCACUUCAGCUUCCGCUCGAUCCGCAACCUGCCGCUCACGUUCUGGUUCGUCGUCGCGUUCGCGGUGUUCGAGAACGCGGGCGUGCAGGCGUUCGUGUCCAUCUCGACACAAUUUGCGCAGCAGAGGUUGAAGAAGGGCGCGGUCAUUGGCGGAUGGGUGUCGAGCUUCUAUCUCCUUUUGCCCGCGUGCUUGACGCCGUUCCUGGGGAUCUACAUUGAUUGCUUCGGCCAGCGGAUCGGCUUCCUGUUUAUAUCAGGACUGACGUUCCUGGUGUCGAUGCUGCUGCUGAGAUUCUCAAGUGCGAUCCCGACUUUUAUCGCUGCGUAUGUCUUCUACGCACUAUCCCAGGCGUUCACACCAGCGCCUCAAGUUGAGAUUGUGCGCAACAUCAUUCCUGAUCCUCAGGACUACGCUACAGGAUUUGCCAUUAAGAAAUCUGUCGUCCAGGCCUCCAUCGUCAUCAUCACGACCGCCGCCGGCAAAAUGCAAGACGACACGUCCGACGACUCACUAGAGCCAGGCGUCUCGCUCUGGCUCGCAUACGCCUUCAUCUCCGUCGCCAUCUCCGGCGGGCUCCUGGUCGUCUCGUACCUCAAGCCGUCGCUCCUCCCCGCCGCGCGCCUCUCGCAGAUCAACCCGCGCGAGGUGCCCGCGGAGGUCGACCGCCUCGCGGCGCGCGCGGGCAUCUCCGUGUCCAAGGAGAAUUUGGACGAGGGCAUGACGGAGAAUAAGGAGAGGGAGAAGCGGCUGAAGGCGCCGGAGCCCGAGUUCUCGUGGGCGCGGUGGGCGUGCCUCGGGGCGGGCGCGGUGAUCAUCUUGAUUGGUUGGGUCAUUUUUGGCCUGGGCGUGUCGUGGGGCGUGCAUGGGAGCGUUGUUGCGGGGACGGUGGGGGAGUGAGUAGGUAUUGUGGACUGUUGGAUGCAGUGACUUUGUUGUGCACACAUCGAAAUGAAAUGCUCUGCCGGAAGCGUGGUUGUAAGCUG